AUGUGGUCACACCUUUUGAUGAGCACAAGGUUCAAGGAAAAGUCUUCCAACUAUUUACUUAUAGCUUUCGAAAUUGCGAAUCAUUUCCCUACUCAAGAAUCCCUAGAAAAGGAUGCAAUGCUUAUUGAUAUUGCGCAAUACAUAUUUUACAAUGCUUAUAGGCAGGAAGUAAGGUUAAUGCCUGCGAAAUGUUUUAGUAAAUGUACUUGGUUAAAGACGUAG